CUCAGAAAAUCCUUACCCGUCUUCGAAUCAUGUUCUUACCUAUAAAACUCAGAAAAUGAUUCAUUGCAUAAAUAAAAGUAUAUAUAAAACUAAAAAGCAAAACGAAGAAUGAUCCCAGACACUAGUUCUACGGUAGGACCAAGGGACACAGAAUAACUAGGCGGAGAUGGAAUUGCCCCCGCCGGAGCCGGCCCUUCUAGAAGACUUCGGUCAGAAAGUUGAUCUGACUCGCAGGAUCCGGGAGGUGUUACUGAAUUAUCCAGAAGGUACCACUGUGCUGAAGGAGCUUAUACAGAACGCCGAUGACGCUGGCGCCACCAAACUUUGCCUUUGCCUUGAUCGCCGCUCUCAUGGAACCGAGGCUCUGCUCUCUGAUCGCCUAGCUCAGUGGCAGGGCCCGGCCCUGCUGGCUUACAACGACGCCAUUUUCACGGAUGAAGAUUUUGUUAGUAUCUCCAAGAUUGGAGGUAGUGCGAAGCAUGGGCAGGCUUGGAAGACCGGUCGGUUCGGGGUUGGUUUCAACUCAGUCUACCAUCUAACUGACUUGCCAUCCUUUGUCAGUGGCAAAUAUAUUGUACUAUUUGACCCUCAGGGCGCUUACCUUCCAAAUGUAUCAACCGCAAAUCCUGGGAAGCGUAUUGAGUAUGUUUCUUCUUCAGUUAUCUCAUUGUAUAAAGAUCAGUUAGAUCCAUACAUCGCUUUCAAUUGUGACAUGAAAAAUCCUUUCCGUGGAACUUUAUUUCGUUUCCCGUUGAGGAAUGCAGAUCAAGCUGCUACUAGUAUGCUCUCAAAGCAAGCCUAUUUGGAAGAUGACAUCGCCUCCAUGUUUGGUCAGCUCUAUGAGGAAGGAGUGUUCUCUCUCCUGUUUCUUAAAAGUAUACUUUCUAUAGAAAUGUAUGAGUGGGAUAUAGACAUGCCUGAACCUAGAAAGACAUACUCCUGCUCAGUGAACUCAGAUGAAUGUGAUAUAGUUUGGCAUCGGCAGACUCUUAUGCGGCAAUCAAAAGAAACCACUUUUGUAGAUUGCGAUGAUAAGUUCAAACUAAAUUUCUUAACUGAGGCAUUUACUGGAAAAUUGUCUGAGCAGAGAACAGACACAUUCUACAUGGUGCAAAAAAUGGCAUCAUCAACAAGUAGGGUUGGAUCCUUUGCAGCUGCUGCAUCAAAAGACUUUGAUAUUCGUCUUUUACCUUGGGCAUCUGUGGCAGCAUGUAUAUCAGAUAAUUCAAACAAUGAUGGUGUUCUUCAAGGUCGGGCUUUCUGUUCCCUCCCUUUGCCCAUCAAAACAGGAUUAUAUGUACAAAUAAAUGGAUUUUUUGAAGUCUCAUCAAAUCGACGUGGCAUUUGGUAUGGGGGAGAUAUGGAUAGAUCUGGUAAAGUUCGUUCUCUCUGGAACAGGCUUCUCUUGGAAGAUGUUGUUGCUCCUUGUUUUGUUCAAUUACUCCUUAGUGUUCAACAGAUACUUGGUCCAACUAAGAUUUAUUAUUCUUUAUGGCCCAAUGGUUCAUUCAAUGAGCCAUGGGAUAUUUUAGUUCAGCACAUUUACAAAAGCCUCAGUGACUUACCUGUCUUCUUCUCCACUGUCGAUGGGGGGAAAUGGGUUUCGGGUACCAAAGCUUUCCUUCAUGAUGAGGAAUUCUCAAGUAAAGAGCUUGAAGAAGCUCUUUUACAGCUACACAUGCCUAUUGUUCACUUGCCGAAUGGUUUGUUUGAUAUGUUAGUGACCCGUGUCUGUGGUAUCCAGUGGCUGGUAGUUACCCCAGAUUCUGUACGUCAGUAUCUCAAGGGUUGUAAACAAAUCAACUCGAUUGAUAGGCCACACAGGUUGAUGCUGCUUGAGUAUUGCAUUCAGGAUUUGGUUGAUGCAGAUGUCGGCAAGCAUACAGUUGGCUUACCUUUGCUCCCUUUAGCAAAUGGUGACUUUGGAUCAUUUUCAGAACCUAAUGGUGGAACCUCUUAUUUUAUUUGCAAUAGAUUGGAAUACACACUUCUUCGAAGUGCUGUUGAUAACAUUAUUGACUACGAAAUUCCUUGCCACAUAUUAAAUAGACUGUUGGCUGUCGCAAAUGCAUCAGGGGCAAACCUCUUUUCAUUUAACAUUGAUGAAUUUCUUACAUUAUUACCAAAUUUUUUCCCAGCUGAAUGGAGAUAUAAACCUAAAGUUUCUUGGGAGCCAGACUCUGAUACCGCUAACCAUCCCAGUUCUUCAUGGUUUAAGCUUUUCUGGCAAUACAUCAGGGAUGAAUGUGAGAAGCUAUCCACUUUUGAAGAUUGGCCUAUAUUACCAUCACUUUCUGGCUAUUUGUAUAGACCAUCAAAGCAUGUGAAAAUGUUGAAUUCAGACAAAUUAUCUGAACAGAUGCGGCAUAUUUUACUUAAUAUUGGGUGCGUGUUGCUAAACACACAAUGGGGUAUUGACCACCCUGAUAUGUAUCCUUAUGUGUAUGAAGCUGAUUGUGUCGGAGUUUUGAAGUCUAUCUUUGAUGUUGCCUCUUCAAGUCACAACAAUAGACAGACAUUUCUUCAAAACCUGGAAGCUGCACAAAGAGAUGAGCUGCGUAGGUUCCUUUUGGAUCCAAAGUGGUACAUCGGUAAUUAUGUGGAUGAUUCUGACAUAGAAAAUUGCAAGAGGCUACCUAUCUACAGAGUUUAUGGUGGGGGGUCUUCUGAAAAUAUUCAGUUCUCCAAUUUGGUAAACCCUAAAAAAUACUUGCCUCCCCUGGAUUGUCCUGAGUGCCUCUUUUCUGGUGAGUUCAUUAUCAGUUCUUCGAGUACUGAAGAAGAGGUACUAACUAGAUAUUUUGGAACUAAACGAAUGGGGAAGCCGGAAUUUUAUAAGCUACAUGUGGUUACCAAGAUCAAUGAAUUAGACCCUAAUGUUCGUGACAGCAUCAUGCUUUCAAUUCUGAAAGAGUUACCACAACUGUGCUGUGAAGAUAUAUCUUUUAGAGAGAUACUGAAAAAUUUGAAUUUUAUUCCCACAUCUGGCGGCUCUUUAAAGAGUCCAGCUGUGCUAUACGAUCCACGGAAUGAAGAACUAUAUUCUCUUCUUCAAGAUUCUGAUUCCUUUCCUUCCGGUGCUUUCAAUGACUUUGAUGCUUUGGAGAUGUUAAAAGGUUUGGGUCUUAGGACUACUGUGUCUACUGAGGCACUCAUACAGAGUGCUCAGGAAGUUGAGCUGUUAAUGCACAGGAAUCAAGAAGUGGCUCAAUCUAGAGGCAAAGUACUUCUGUCAUAUCUUGAAGUGAAUUCAAUGAAGUUGCUACAUGGUCCUCCCGAAGAUAACCAACUAACGAUGAACAGAUUGUUUACCAGAGCUGCUAAUGUGCUUAAACCUCUCUCUAUAAGAUCUGACUUUGAAAAGUUUUGGAAUGACCUUCGCCUUAUUUCUUGGUGCCCAGUUCUUGUUCAUUCUCCAUACCAGUCUUUGCCAUGGCCUGCUGUAUCUUCUAUGGUUGCUCCUCCUAAGGUCGUAAGGCCAUAUGCAGACUUGUGGCUUGUUUCUGCCAGCAUGAGAGUACUGGAUGGAGAAUGCUCCUCUUCAGUUUUAUCUAAUCAACUUGGUUGGUCCUCCCCACCUGGUGGAAGUAUAAUCGCGGCUCAACUUCUUGAACUUGGAAAAAAUAAUGAGGUUGUUUUUGAUCCAGAGCUUCGUCAGGAAUUGGCUUUAGCAAUGCCUAGGAUAUACUCUAUACUGUCAGCCAUGCUUGGUUCAGAUGAAAUGGACAUUGUAAAGGCUGUUUUAGAGGGUUGCCGAUGGAUUUGGGUGGGUGAUGGAUUUGCCACCCCAGAUGAGGUUGUCCUGAACGGACCACUUCAUUUAGCUCCUUAUAUGCGUGUCAUACCUAUUGAUCUAGCAGUUUUCAAAGACUUGUUCUUUGAGCUUGGCAUUCGGGAGUCAUUGAGACCUAGUGAUUAUGCUAGUAUAUUAUGUCGAAUGGCUAAUAGAAAAGGUGCCCUUCCCUUGGAUGCUCAGGAAAUUAAGGCUGUCAUAUUGAUCGCACAACAUCUGUCUGAUGUACAGCUUUAUGAAGAUAAAAUUAAGAUCUAUCUCCCUGAUUUGUCAUGUCGGUUGUUUAAUGCUACAGAUCUGGUCUAUAAUGACGCUCCCUGGUUGCUUGAUUCAGACAAUCCUGACUCCACCAGUGGGUCUACCAUGCCCUUACAUUCAAAACAAUUUGUCCAAAGAUUUGUGCAUGGAAAUAUUUCCAAUGAUGUAGCCGAGAAGCUUGGGGUAAGAUCUUUUCGAAGGAUGCUUCUUGCAGAGAGUGCAGAUUCUAUGAAUAUGACCUUAUCUGGUGCUGCUGAAGCAUUUGGUCAACAUGAGUCAUUGACAACCAGACUGAGACACAUCCUUGAAAUGUAUGCUGAUGGGCCUGGAGUUCUCUUUGAACUAGUGCAAAAUGCUGAGGAUGCAAAUGCAACAAAGGUGACAUUUCUAUUGGAUAAGACUCAGUAUGGGGCCUCAUCUGUUCUCUCUCCUGAAAUGGCAGAUUGGCAGGGCCCUGCAUUGUACUGCUUCAAUGAUUCGGUUUUCAGUGCCCAAGAUUUGUAUGCAAUCUCUCGUGUUGGUCAGGAAAGUAAACUUGAGAAACCAUUUUCUAUUGGAAGGUUUGGACUGGGAUUUAAUUCUGUUUAUCACUUCACAGAUAUUCCAACUUUUGUUUCUGGGGAAAAUGUUGUUAUGUUUGAUCCUCAUGCCUGUAAUUUGCCUGGGAUAUCUCCUUCCCACCCUGGUCUGCGAAUCAAGUUUGUGGGAAGAAGAAUAUUUGAACAAUUCCCUGACCAAUUCUCCCCAUUUCUUCAUUUUGGCUGUGAUCUCCAAAAUCCAUUCCAGGGUACCCUUUUCCGUUUCCCUCUCCGGAAUGCUACUGCUGCGUUGAGAAGCCAAAUCAAGAAAGAAGUUUAUGAACCCGAUGAUGUCCUAGAUCUUUUUGCUUCAUUUUCUAGAGUUGUUUCUGAGACUUUGCUUUUCUUAAAAAAUGUGACAAAUAUCUCCAUUUUUGUGAAGGAACGGGCUAACAGUGAAAUGCAGUUGAUACAUUCAGUUCAAAAGCAAUAUAUUUGUGAGCCUGAAGGUGAAAAUGAUUCAUUUCAUCAUGUGUUUGGCCUGAUAUCUAAGAAUCAGACUAACAUGGAUAAGGCUCAGUUGCUUAACCAUUUAUGCAGAUCUUUAGACACAAAGUUUCAAUCAAAAUGUCAGAAAAUUCUGCUGUCAGAGAAGGGCCCAUUAGAGGUUCGGUCAUAUUUGUGGCUGGUAAGUGAGUGCUUGGGUAACAUACGUAGCAGGAGUUACCUUGAAAGGUUUGGUGAGAUGAAUAAAUGUGUUCCAUGGGCUUGUAUCGCUACACGUCUGCACUCUGUAGAUGUUGCAAAAGAAGGUCUUGGGAGUGAUAACUCUCCCGAGGGAACUGCAGUCAUUACUUCUGACAUGCUUGAUGGCUCCCUAGCUUCUGCUGAAGCUAUAAGAUCUGCUGAGGGACGUGCCUUCUGCUUUCUGCCACUCCCAGUAUUUACUGGCCUUCCUGUGCAUGUCAAUGCUUACUUUGAGUUGUCAUCAAACAGAAGAGACAUAUGGUUUGGAAAUGACAUGGCAGGGGGUGGGAAAAAGCGGUCAGAGUGGAAUACGUUUCUACUUGAAGAUGUUGCCGCUCCAGCAUAUGGCCAUUUGAUCGAAAAAGUUGGUUCCGAAAUCGGACCAUGUGAUAUGUUUUUUAGCCUUUGGCCGAUGAUGGUGGGAUUUGAACCGUGGGCAUCAAUGAUGUUGAAAUUCUACAAUUAUAUCUCAGAAGGUAAUCUCCGUGUGUUGCAUACAAGAGCAAGAGGGGGGCGCUGGGUCUCCACAAAGCAAGCAAUUUUUCCUGACUUUUCAUUUUCGAAGGCAUCCGAACUUGUAGAAGCAUUGUCAGAUGCUUGUUUACCCAUUGUAUCUGUUCCUAAGGCUAUUGCGGAUAACUUUUUGCAAAUUCACCCAUCACUUCAUUUCCUCACACCUCAAUUGCUACGGACUCUUCUAGUAAGGAAACAACGUGAGUUUAGAGAUAGAACUGCCAAAAUCUUGACCUUGGAAUAUUGCUUGCUUGAUUUGCAGAGUCCUUUUCAAUCUGAAAGUUUUUACGGCUUGCCACUUUUACCUCUAUCAAAUGGCCUGUUCACAAAACUCGAGAAGAUAGGUUCCAGUGAGCCAAUUUAUAUUGCAAAUGGAGAUGGGUAUGAUCUUCUUAAGGAUUCUCUUCCACACCAACUUAUAGAUGUAAACAUUUCUGCUGGUCUUUAUGGGAAGCUGUGUGAAAUAGCUCAAAGUGAGAAUUUCAAUGUUACUUUCUUGACAUGCUCUUUGCUUGAGAAACUCUUUAUAAGAUUACUGCCAGCAGAGUGGAAGCAAACUAAACAAGUAAUCUGGGUACCUGGUUCUGGGGGACAUCCAAACCUGGAGUGGGUGAAGCUAUUGUGGAACUAUCUCAAUUGUCAUUGUGAUGAUCUUUCAUUGUUGUGUAAUUGGCCCAUUUUGCCAAUAGAAAAUAGUUACCUCAUGCAGCUUGCUGAAAAUUCUAAUGUGAUCAUGGAUGGAGGCUGGAGUGAAAAUAUGCUCUCACUGUUGCUUCGUGUUGGAUGCUUUGUAUUGAUGCGUGACCUUCCAAUAGAGCAUCCCCAGUUGACACUGUAUGUUCAACCUCCAACUGCAUCUGGUGUCUUAAAUGUAUUACUUGCAAUUUCUGGGGCGCCAGAAAAAGUAGAGGAGCAUUUUAGUAAUGCAUUUGAUGUGGAACUGCAUGAACUAAGACGCUAUGUUCUCCAGUCCAAGUGGUUCUCUGAAGGCUCACUUAGUAGUAUUCACAUGGACACAAUCAAACACAUCCCGAUGUUUGAGUCAUUCAAGAGCAGGAAGUUUAUAUCUCUAAGUAGGUCAAUAAAUUGGCUUACCCCAAACAAUGCAUGUGAUGAUUUCUUAAAUGAUGAUUUUUUAAGGGUGGAGUCAGAUAAAGAGAGAAUUAUCCUCAAUAAGUAUUUUGCUAUCAGUGAGCCCGCACAUGUUGUAUUCUACAAGGAUUACAUACUCAAUCGCAUGCCAGAGUUCAUUUUAAAGGAAGGGUUCCUCUCAGCUCUUUUACAGGACAUGAAUAUUUUGAUUGAAAAAGAUGAUUUUUUCAAAACAGAAAUUUCUAAGACAGCUUUUGUCUCAACUUGCAGUGGGUCCUGGAAAGAACCAUUCAGGCUUUAUGAUCCCCGUAUUUCUGAACUGAAACUGCUGCUCUAUCCUGGAGCAUUCUUUCCAGACGAGUGCUUUUCAGAUCCUUUUGCGUUAGAGGUUCUUGGAAAGCUGGGGCUCAGGGAAACGUUAGGGUUUACUGGUUUGCUUGACUGUGCUAGGACGGUGUCAAUGUUGCAUGAUUUGAACGAGUCUGAAGCAAUAGUGUAUGCUAGGAGGCUGCUUAAAUUGCUGGAGGCAGUUGCACUAGGAUUCUCGUCCAAUGAUGAGGGAGAAAGCUUAGGAAAUCCUAAAACUGCAAAGGAAUGUCAGAUUAAAAGCCUCGCUAUUGUUGAUGAGGAGAAACAUACUGCUGAUGGUUUUGAGAGCACUCUCUUCAGCUUCAGUUUUCUCUUCAGCCACUGGAUUGAUGAUAUGCCGCAAGAACAGUUUUGGUCUGAAUUAAGAUCUAUCAGCUGGUGUCCAGUAUAUGAUGAUCCACCUAUAGGUGGACUUCCGUGGUUUGCAGCUGGCAAGAACAUAGCAAUGCCAUUUAGUGUCAGGCCGAAGUCACAGAUGUGGAUGGUGUCUUCUAUGAUGCAUAUCUUGGAUGGGGAUUGUUCAGAUAUGCUACAAUGUAAACUUGGCUGGAACAGUCGUUUGAAUGUUGAUAUUUUGUCUACACAGUUAAUUGGCUUAUCCAACUCUUAUGCUAAGAUUUGUGAAAAUUUGGAUACAGUACCUAAUCUUGAUUCUGAAUUGCAGAAGCACGUAUAUUCAGUUUAUAAGCAGAUGCAAGAAUACAUUCAUACGGAAGACUUUGAGUCUCUUAAAUCUGCAUUAGUCGGCAUUCGCUGGGUCUGGAUAGGAGAUGAUUUUGUAUCCACUGAUGUACUUGCAUUUGAUUCUCCAUUGAAAUUUAGUCCUUACUUGUAUGUUGUGCCAUCAGAGCUAGCUGAAUUCAGAGAUUUGCUUGUGGAAUUAGAUGUGAGAUAUAAUUUUGAGGUUAAUGAUUACUUGCAUGUUCUGCAAAAGUUACAAAAUGACGUAAAAGACAGCACCCUUUCAUCCGAUCAAUUGAGCUUUGUUCAUUGUAUUCUGGAAGCUAUUGCAGAUUUGAGGCUCGAUUUAUUAAAGUUUGAAGGUUCCGUUAGUCAAUUACUAAUUCCAGAUUCUUCUAGUGUUCUUGUGAAGUCAGGAGAACUUGUUUACAAUGAUGCUCCAUGGAUGCAGAGUGACACCCUUGUUGGACAACGGUUUGUACAUCGUUGCAUCAGCCAUGAUCUUGCUCAAAGAUUGGGCAUCCAAUCACUUCGUUCUGUCUCUUUAACAAGUGAAGAUAUGAUGAAAGAUUUGCCAUGCAUGGACUACUCUAAAAUACAUGACCUUGUAGAGCUGUACGGAAGCAGAGACUUCCUUUUGUUUGAUGUGCUUGAGUUGGCAGAUUGCUGCAAAGCUAAAAAGCUGCACUUUAUUCUUGACAAAAGAGACCAUCCAUGUCAGUCACUUAUGCAAAAUAAUCUUGGCGAUUUUCAAGGUCCCGCACUGAUAGCUAUUGUUGAAGGGGGCAGUUUGAGUAAAGAUGAAGUAGCUAGUCUUCAAUACCUUCCUCCAUGGAGUCUGCAUGGGCAGACAGUUAAUUAUGGACUAGGGCUACUUAGUUGUUUCUCAAUAACUGACUUUCUGUUCGUUGUUUCUGAUGGCUGCUUGUACAUGCUUGAUCCGAGAGGUUUAGUUCUUCCUUUGUCUGAGAAUCGUACAUCUACUGCAAAAGUGUUCUCACUUCGAGGUACUAAUUUAGUAGGACGGUUUCAUGAUCAAUUCAGUCCUUUGCUGAUUGGUGAAAGUAUGCAAUGGUCUGAGUCAAAAUCUACCAUCAUACGUAUGCCACUUUCUUCAGAAAUCAUGAAGGAAGGAAUUGAAUCUGGCUUGGCAAGGGUUACCAUGAUAUUUAAAAAGUUUAUCGAGCAUUCCUCAGCAUCUAUCUUGUUUCUAAAAUCUGUUUUGCAGGUUUCAUUGUCAACAUGGGAGAAAGAAAGCCUUCAGCCCACCUUGCAUUAUUCAGUUGAUGUGGAUCCCUCAUUUGGUAUCAAAAGGAACCCCUUUUCAGAGAAGAAGUGGAAAAAAUUCCAACUAGCAAGUUUAUUUUGCAGCUCAAGUGCUGCAGUGAAGCUGCAAAUCAUUGAUGUGAAUGAGCUGAAAGGAACGAAUAGAGUAACAAGUCGUUGGCUUGUUGCUCUUAGUCUUGGAUCUGGACAAACAAGAAAUAUGGCACUUGAUAGGCGGUACAUGGCGUACAAUCUUACUCCAGUAGCUGGAGUUGCAGCAUUGAUAUCACAAAAUGGAAAGCCUAGUGAUACCCGUUUGCUUAGUAGUAUCAUGUCCCCGCUUCCUCUAUCUGGAGGUGUAAACAUGCCUGUCACUAUUAUCGGAUAUUUCCUUGUAUGUCACAACCGGGGCCGUUUCCUUUUCCAGUGCCAAGACGAGGAAGCCUCCGCUGGGACAAGGCUUGGUGCUGGGUAUCAGUUGAUUGAAGACUGGAAUCAAGAGCUGAUGUGCUGCGUUCGUGAUGCUUAUAUAAAAUUGAUCCAAGAAAUGCAGAAGUUAAGAAGAGAGCCAUCAACUUCGACCCUUGAGUCAAGUUUGAUCCGUGUUGCAAGUACGACUUUGAAUGCUUAUGGAGAUGAAAUAUACUCUUUCUGGCCUAGGUCUUUUGAGAACAAACUGAUUAAUCUAGAAAUAGAUAUGAAUGAUUCUUGGCCUGUGAAAGCCUUUAAGGCAGAUUGGAGUUGCAUAAAAAAACAGGUUAUAAAGCCGUUUUAUGCUAGCAUGAUUGAGCUGCCUGUCUGGAGACUUUACUCAGGAAAUCUGGUCUGUGCUAAAGAGGGUAUGUUUCUUUCUCAACCUGAAAGUGGAGCGGAAGGUUGCUUGCUUCCUGUUACUGUUUGUGCCUUUGUGAAAGAACAUUAUCCUGUCUUCUCAGUCCCAUGGGAAUUGAUGACUGAAAUUCAGGCGUUAGGUGUUAUAGUGAGGGAAAUUAAACCAAAAAUGGUGCGUGACCUUCUUCGAGCUUCCUCAACCUCUAUUGUUCUUCAGUCAGUUGAUACUUAUAUCGAUGUUCUUGAGUAUUGCUUAUCUGAUAUCAUUGUUCUUGAACCUUGCCCAUCAAAUGCCACUGUUGGGUUGAGUGGAAUGAACAGCUCUGAUUGCUCUGCUUCUCCUCCUACCAUUCGAGGAUCAAGCGUACAGAGGCAACAGAUUGAUAGUAUUACCCCAACUUCAAGCAGUUCUGGAGGAGAAGCCCUUGAAAUGAUGACAAACUUGGGAAAGGCUAUAUUUGGUUUUGGCCGUGUUUUAGUUGAAGAUAUUGGAAGAACAGAUGGCAAUCUGUAUCAAAGAAGUAAUCUCACAGGAAGCCUUAAUUGUAGGAGUGAAGACAACCAGAAAGUAUUGUCUGUAGCUGCAGAAAUCAGAGGCUUACCCUGUCCAACUGGAACAAAUCAUCUGACCAGAUUAGGGGCUACUGAAAUAUGGGUAGGAAACAAGGAGCAACAGUCACUGAUGCUUUCUUUGGCAGCAAAUUUUAUUCAUCAUAAAGUUUUGGAGAGAUCAACCUUGGUAAAUAUUUUUUCCAACAGAUCUGUUCAACCACUUUUGAAAAUGCAAAGCUUUUCACCUUCACUGUUGGCUAAUAACAUCAAAUUCAUUUUUCAUGAAAACUGGGUUAGUCAUGUAACCGAAUCCAAAAUGGCUCCGUGGUUUUCAUGGGAGAAAGCUGCUAAUUCUUAUAGUGAAUGGGGUCCUUCUCCUCAUUGGAUUAGGCUUCUUUGGAAGACGUUUGAUUCAUUAGAUAACCAUUCUCUUUUCUCUGAGUGGCCCCUUGUUCCUGCCAUUCUUGGUCGCCCAGUUCUAUGCCGUGUAAGGGAGCGUCAUCUUCUGUUCAUUCCACCCCUUGAUAUCCUUGCAAGUACUAAAUUCAGAGAAAUGGGGGAUGCAGAAAGAGACUUGCCCGGAUUAUCUUCUGAAUCUGAUUUGAUUCACUCCUACAAGUUAUCUUUUGAAGUUCUAGAGGAAAAGUACCCUUGGUUGUUAUCGUUGCUUAAUCAGUUCAAUGUACCAAUAUUUGAUGUUGCCUUUAUGGAUUGCGCCGCUGCUUGCCAAUGUUUACCCGUGGAUGGACAAUCUUUAGGGCAAAUCAUAGCUUCUAGGCUUGCUGCAGCUAAAAAGGCCUGCUAUUUUACUCACCCCACGUCCUUGUCGGAUUCUGACUGUGAUGAGCUUUUUAGACUAUUUGCUUCUGAUUUCUCUUCUAAAGGAUCUGGAUAUGGAAGAGAGGAACUAGAGGUAUUACGUGAUCUUCCUAUUUACAAGACAGUUACGGGAUCAUAUACUAGAUUGCAGGGACAUGAUUUGUGUGUGGUUGCUUCUAAUACUUUUCUCAAGCCAUAUGAUGAACGCUGUCUAACACACUCUGUAGAUUCUAGUGACACUCGUUUACUUAGAGGUCUUGGCAUCCCUGAGAUGCAUGAUCGACAAAUUUUGGUAAAAUUUGGGUUGCCCGAGUUUAACAUGAAGAGUAAGUCUGAGCAGGAGGACAUUUUGAUUUAUCUUUGCAUGAAUUGGCAGGAUAUAGAAAAAGAUUCAUCAAUUAUUGAAGCUCUUAAAGAAGCACAUUUUGUUAGAAGUGCUGAUGAGACAUCAUUACAACUGUUCAAACCCCAAGAUCUUUUUGAUCCUGGCGAUGCUCUUUUAGCAUCAGUGUUUUCCGGUGUUGGAAGGAAAUUUCCUGGAGAAAGGUUCAUAUCUGAUGAAUGGUUACAAAUUUUAAGGAAAGUUGGACUUCGAUCUUCGGCUGAUGCUGACAGUGUGCUUGAAUGUGCCAAGAGAAUUGAAUUACUUGGAAGACAAUGUGUGAAAAAGACACUGGAUGAGUCUAAAAGUGAAUUGUUCAGCAUGGUGGAUGAGGUAUCCUCCGAGAUUUGGUUGUUAGCUGAAAGUUUGGUAAAAUUUACUAUUUCAAACUUUGCGGUGCUAUACAGUAGCCACUUUUGCAAGCUUCUUGGACAGAUCGUCUUUGUUCCUGCUGAAAAGGGCCUCACAGAUAUUGGUGCUAAAGAAUGUAGUAAAAGAGUACUGUGCUCAUAUAAUAAUGCUCUUUUAUUGAAGGAUUGGCCACUUGCUUGGAGUUGUAUACCGAUCCUUUCUAGAAACAAUGCUGUUCCACCUGAGUACUCUUGGGGAGCACUCAGUUUGAGGAGUCCUCCAUCAUUUUCAUCUGUUUUGAUGCACCUUCAGAUCAUUGGAAGAAAUGGCGGUGAAGACAUACUCUCCCACUGGCCAACUGCGUCUGGUUCGAAGACUAUUGAUGAAGCUUCUAUUGAAGUAUUGGAGUAUCUACAAAAUGUCUGGGGCACCCUCUCUUCGUCAGACUUAAAGGCUCUGUGCCAAGUUGCUUUCAUUCCAGCUGCAAACGGGACACGUUUGGUGAUGGCAAGCUCACUUUUUGCACGUCUGACUGUGAAUCUCUCCCCAUUUGCAUUUGAACUUCCUGCUGUCUACCUAUCUUUUGUCAAUAUUCUUAGAGAUUUGGGCCUUCAUGAUACACUUUCUGUCAACACAGCAAAAAAUCUUCUGUCAAGUCUUCAAAAAGCAUGUGGUUACCAACGGCUCAAUCCUAAUGAAUUUCGUGCAGUACUGGAAGCUGUGGAUUUCAUUUGUGAUGAAAGAAAUUGUGCUGCAGCAACUAGCUGGGAUUCUGAUGCAAUAGUCCCAGAUGACAGUUGCAGGCUCAUUCAUGCAAAGUCAUGUGUUUAUAUUGAUUCUUAUGGUUCAUAUUAUUUGAAAUAUAUCGAUACUUCAAGGCUAAGAUUUGUUCACCAAGAUCUUCCGGAGAGAAUAUGUAUCGCCUUGGGUAUUAAAAAGCUUUCCAAUGUUGUCAUUGAGGAACUGGAUGGCAUGGAACAUUUUCAAAGACUGGACUAUAUUCAUUCGGUCCCAGUUUCAUUCAUCAAACAGAAGUUAUUAAGUAAAUCCUUUCAAGCUGCUGUAUGGAGUGUUGUUAGAAGUAUAUCCUGUAAUACUCAAGGAUUUGGUAGUACAGUCAUGGAGGAUAUGAAAAGGCCAUUGGAGUCAAUUGCUGACAAGAUACAUUUCGUUCAGCGCUUGUAUACUCGCUUUGUGCUGCUCCCAAAGUGUGUGGAUAUUACUAAAGCCAGGGAGGACUCUAUUUUCCCAGAGUGGAAGGAUAAUCGUCACAGGGCUCUGUGCUUUGUUGAUCAAUCUAAAACCUGUGUUUUAAUUGCUGAACCACCAGAGUAUGUAUCGUUCCCUGAUAUUGCUGCGAUCAUUGUAAGCAGAAUAUUGGACUGCCCAUUCCCACUCCCUAUUGCUUCUCUAUUUCUUUGUCCCGAGGGUUCAGAGAUUGCAAUGGUUGAUGCAUUGAAUCUUUGUGGUCAAAUGAGUGCAAACGGGGCUGGAGGUAGUAAAGAUGAUUUGCUGGGCAAAGAAAUACUCCCGCAAGAUGCUCUCCAUGUGCAAUUUCACCCAUUAAGACCUUUUUACGCUGGAGAAAUAAUUGCUUGGCGAUCAGGAAGUGGAGAAAAGUUGAAGUACGGUAGAGUUCCAGAGGAUGUGAGACCACCAGCAGGGCAAGCUAUCUACAGGUUCAAGGUUGAAACACUGACAGGGGUGGGACAAUCUAUUCUUUCUUCAAACGUCUUCUCAUUCAGAUGUGUUACCGUCGCUAGUGAGGCUUCUGCUUUAGCAGACCACAAGCCCACCACUGUAAGCAUUAAUGCUGAAAGUUCUGAAACAGUCAAAUUGAGGUUUCCUCAGGGGAAACAAAACCAGGUACAGGAAUUACAACAAGGCCAUGUUUCUGCUGAAGAAUUAGUCCAGGCAAUUCGUGAGAUGCUUUCAGCUGCAGGGAUAGAUAUGGAUGUUGAAAAGCAAUCACUACUACAAUCUACGAUCUCACUGCAAGGACAACUAAAGGAGUCUCAAGCAGCUUUUCUGCUUGAACAGGAGAAGUCUGAAAUGGCUUCUAAAGAAGCUGAGACAGCCAAAGCGGCUUGGGUGUGUAGGAUCUGCCUCAACAAUGAAGUAGAUGUUACUGUAGUGCCAUGUGGUCAUGUGCUUUGCCGAAGAUGUUCAUCUGCAGUUUCGAGGUGUCCAUUCUGCAGAUUGCAAGUCUCCAAGGUUAUGAAAAUAUUCAGGCCCUGAAUCAGCUUCAUGGAAGAACUUGUGACUUGCAGUAUGUUCACCUACACACAGGUCUAACUUAAAAAGUUAUAAAAAGUUGCAUACACAUUUGCUCGUUAAUGCCUAGUUAUUUGAUAGAUAAUUGGAAUUCAAAAAUCAACCUCCUGCAUAUCUUUUAGUUAAAUCCUAAAGUGUAAAGUAAUACAAAUGUUAUAACCAGUGGAAUAAUUUACUUUUACAGCAUAAUAUAUAUUAAUUCCGUCUCAAAAUUAGAAGAAAUAAAUGUUGUAAUUGUACUCCAUAUACCACCUAAAAAGGUGUUCCUCUGAGUAUUUAUAGUCUAGUGUGAAUCUUUC